UUGACAUUUGGCUGACUGUCGUCGUUGCGAGGACGGACCUCCUAUCAAAUCCAGGCGACUGAACCGUAGCUUUCUCAGUGUUUUUAAAUGUCAACAACUUAGGGAAUAAGAGCAAAACCGCAGUUCAUGUAAAUAAUUCUGGUCGCUGAUAACGAAUUAUCAACGGUACAAGCAAUAAUGGCAAAUUUAAAGCAAGAUCUGGACGAGUAUCUGCUGCUGCAGAGCGACCAGAAGAAGUCAACAGGUUUCAAGUUGGACAUGAAAGUUCCAUCCCUCAAAGUUCCUGAGUUCGGAAGAUUGUUUGGAAAUGGAUCGGGCGACGGACAGGAGGCGAACAGUUGGCUGAAGGAUACACAGGAAUCGUGUUGCCCGAAACUAACACGUCUUCAGAGAAUCGUCGGUUUCGUGACGUGUCUCGGCCUUGGUGUCUUCUGCAUGACGCUCUCGACGUUCUACAUUCCCGUUUUGAUCAUUAAGGCGCGGAAAUUCGCUCUGCUUUACACCCUGGGCAGUGCCUUCUUCAUUCUCAGUUUUUGCUUCCUGUUGGGAUUCGUGGCGUUCUUCAAGCAGAUGUUCUCGAAGCCGCGGCUCCUUGCUUCCUUGAGCUACACGUCUUGCCUGGUCGCCACCCUCUACUUCGCCAUGAUUGCCCAGAGCACGGCCCUCACUGUCCUGUUUGCAGUCGCACAAAUUAUCGCGUUGCUGUUCAUGCUGCUGGGAACGAUCCCCGGCGGGAGUACGGGCAUCAAGUUCUUCGGGCAGAUGUUCAAGAGCAGCGUCUCCAACACGCUGCCCGUCUAGCGAACGGCCAGCGUGUCGGAGGGAUGCGGCUCCAACGCCGGAGAAAUUUAUAAUUGUGAUAAUAUUAAUCGAUUUUAAAUGACAGAGAAUAUUUUUAAGACGAAAUCACGUUUUAUUUUACGAAAGAGGAAGGAAGCGGACGCCGGAGCUGGUGAACGUCUUGUUCCGUGGAAUUGGAGCAGAGUCGAAGGCCCCGUUUGAGUACGGAUGAACGACCAUUUAUCUAGUGAGAGCUCGUAACAAUAAAUUCGAUAUUUUUACAAAUAUUUAGAGUAACAAAUAAAACUAAUUCGCAAAAA